AUGGACAGUCAAAGAACAAUUGGAAAAACCAAUCCAGACAGUUCAUCUUGUGGUGGUCUGUUCAUGCUAAAGUUUAUGGAAUACUGGACUGGAGACGCACUUUCUCAACAUAUUACACAGACUGAUUUGUGUAUUGUUAUGGAUUCAAAUGAACACAAGAUUGACAAUAAGCAUCCAGAAGAAAUUGAACAACAAAUAAAAAGUGACCAAACGUAUGACGAACUUCCACAAGAUUAUACAAUGACCGACAAUGAUUUCUGUGCUCAAAUAAUAAUAGAGUCAUCUUUGGCCAUUGAUAUACUUGUGAAGAUAGAUGAUAUUUUUGUCAAUCAAGAUCAAUUGUCAUGUCUUCUAGACCCGGUUACACAUUUGAACGACGAUGUUAUAAGUGCAUAUAUCUGUUGUUUAAAGGAACAAGCACAUCUACAAGUUAGAAAUGGGGUUAAGGUUCUACUUCCAAUAAAUAUCAAGAACACACAUUGGUAUUUAGCUGUUCUGCAUCCAAUAAAGUGUGAGAUACAAGUUCUUGACUCAUUGUGUUGA